AUGUGGAUUGCGGAGGUGCAAACCCAUGUGCGAAGAUACCAUCCUGUUGCGAUUAAUGUUUUCUGGCUUGUUUCCAUGUUGAAUUCUAAUACAUUCUAUAGCAGCCUGUUGUUGGAUCAUUCUUGUACUAAUGUACUUUGUCUGUGUGUGUCUCUCUCUCUCUCUUUCUUACUGCUCCUUGAUCAGCUGCUGUAUUCUUGGGAUAUG